CCGGGCUUCUCGAGGCGAUCCCGACUCUCCUCCCGCGGCUGCCGCAGCUGCUGGUUGCACACGGCCUCGGCGGCGGGCGCGGAGAGCGCGGGCCUGUGGAGCUGCAGCCGGGCGCGCGGCCCCGGCGGGCACCCCUCCGAGGGCGGCCGAGGAAUCUCCCGGGGGAGGAGGAGGAGGAGGAGGAGGUGGGGGGCUGUGGCGGCCGCGGGACCCGCUCGGCGCCUCGGCCUCUCCGCCCCCUCCCCAGCUUUUCUUUCGCCCUCUUCUCUCCCACUCCGGGCCGGCGCCUCGGCUUUGUGCGAGGAGAUGGUGUAGCCCCGCGGCCGCCCGUAGGAGAAGCUGGACACUUGUCUCCCGGCGCCGAGCUGCGUUCCCGCCCCUGGAGGAGAGACCCCCCUCGGCUCGGCGCCUCCCGCGUCUCCCGGCUGCUGGGGAAGCCUCAGCGCGGCCGACACCAUGAGUGAACAGAGUAUCUGUCAGGCAAGAGCUGCUGUGAUGGUUUACGAUGAUGCCAAUAAAAAGUGGGUGCCAGCUGGUGGUUCAACCGGGUUCAGCAGAGUUCAUAUAUAUCAUCAUACAGGCAACAACACAUUCAGAGUGGUGGGCAGGAAGAUUCAGGACCAUCAGGUCGUGAUAAAUUGUGCCAUUCCUAAAGGGUUGAAGUACAAUCAAGCUACACAGACCUUCCACCAAUGGCGGGAUGCUAGACAGGUGUAUGGUCUUAACUUUGGCAGCAAAGAAGAUGCCAAUGUCUUCGCAAGUGCCAUGAUGCAUGCCUUAGAAGUGUUGAAUUCACAGGAAACAGCACCUUUUAGUUUAUGUGAAGUUCUUCAGAUGGCCCCGUUGUCCUUUGAAGCUUCUAACACCAAGGUGUCUGUUGCAGCCCAGAGCAAAGUUACUGCUACCCAGGACAGCACUAAUUUGCGAUGUAUUUUCUGUGGGCCGACAUUGCCUAGACAAAAUUCACAACUACCUGCCCAAGUUCAGAAUGGCCCAUCACAAGAAGAAUUGGAAAUUCAAAGAAGGCAACUACAAGAACAGCAACGACAAAAGGAGCUGGAGCGGGAAAGGCUGGAGAGAGAAAGAAUGGAAAGGGAGAGAUUGGAGCGGGAGAGGUUAGAAAGGGAAAGGCUGGAGAGGGAGCGACUAGAACAGGAGCAGCUGGAGAGAGAGAGACAAGAAAGGGAACGUCAGGAUCGCCUGGAACGGGAGAGACAAGAGCGGGAGAGGCUGGAGAGGCUGGACCGGGAAAGGCAAGAACGAGAGCGGCAAGAGCAGCUAGAAAGGGAGCAGCUGGAAUGGGAGCGAGAGAGAAGAAUGGCAAAUGCCGCUCCAUCCUCCGACAGCUCCCUGUAUCAUGCUCCACUUCCUGAGUAUGCCAGUUGCCAGCCUCCUUCAGCACCUCCUCCAUCAUAUGCUAAAGUCAUCUCAGCUCCAGUGUCAGAGGCCACUCCUGAUUACGCUGUAGUGACUGCUUUGCCACCCACUUCCACACCCCCUACACCACCACUUCGACACCCCGCGACACGUUUUGCAACAUCUCUAGGUUCAGCCUUCCACCCUGUUCUUCCCCAUUAUGCUACAGCUCCUCGUCCUCUGAACAAAAACUCUCGACCUUCUUCUCCUGUGAACACACCCUCUCCUCAACCUCCAGCUACGAAGCCCUGUGCCUGGUCUACUUCCAGUUUCUCGCCCCUCCCUCCGUCUCCUCCAGUAAUGAUUAGCAGCCCCCCAGGCAGAGCUACUGGUCCAAGGCCUGUCCUCCCCGGUUGUGUUUCUUCUCCUGUGCCCCAGAGGCCUCCAUCACCAGCGGCCCCCAGCGGGCUGCUCGACUCUGUCACGUGUCCAGUGUCUCCACCGCCUACCUCAGGGCCAGCUGCGCUGCCACCGCCUUCCCUCGCACCACUCUCACACUGUGGAUCUCAAGCCUCUCCUCCUCCCAGCACCCCUGUUGCCUCAACUCCCUCAUCCAAGCCUAGUGUUCUCCCUUCUCCCUCUGCAGCUGCCCCUGCCUCUGUGGAGACUCCUCUAACCUCUGUGCUGGGAGACUCCUCUGCUUCUGAGCCAGGCUUGCAGGCAGCCUCUCAGCCGGCCGAGACUCCAGCCCAGCAGGGCAUUGUCUUGGGACCACCUGCACCUCCACCCCCUCCUCCACUCCCGCCAGGUCCUGCCCAGGCAUCAGCCGGACUUCCUCCUCCCCCAGGACCCCCUCCACCCCCUCCACUUCCGUCCUCAGGGCCCCCGCCUCCGCCUCCUCCGCCGCCUCUUCCUAAUCAAGUACCCCCUCCUCCCCCCCCACCUCCUGCUCCUCCCCUCCCUGCAUCUGGAUUUUUUUCGGGAUCCAUGUCUGAAGACAAUCGCCCUUUAACUGGACUUGCAGCUGCAAUUGCUGGAGCAAAACUUCGAAAAGUGUCACGGGUGGAGGAUGCCUCUUUCCCAAGCGGAGGGAACAUUGGUGUGAAUUCGGCCUCAUCUAAAACAGAUACGGGUCGUGGAAAUGGACCCCUUCCAUUAGGGGGCAGUGGUUUAAUGGAAGAAAUGAGUGCCCUGCUGGCCAGGAGGAGAAGAAUUGCUGAAAAGGGAUCAACAAUAGAAACAGAACAGAAAGAGGACAAAAAUGAAGAUUCAGAGCCUGUAAGUUCUAAGGCCUCUUCAACGAGUACACCUGAACCGACAAGAAAACCUUGGGAAAGAGCAAGUACAAUGAAUGGCAGCAAGUCACCUGUUAUUUCCAGACGGGAUUCUUCAAGGAAAAAUCAGAUUGUUUUUGACAACAGGUCCUAUGAUUCAUUACACAGACCAAAAUCUGCACCCUCGUCACAGCCCAGUGCCAACGGAGUCCAGACGGAGGGACUGGAUUAUGACAGGCUGAAGCAGGACAUUUUAGAUGAAAUGAGAAAAGAAUUAACUAAGCUAAAAGAAGAGCUCAUUGAUGCAAUCAGGCAGGAACUGAGCAAGUCAAAUACUGCCUAGAGAAUCAAACUAAGGAGAGACAGGACUUUAAUCUGGAGAAAGGAAAAGAAAAAAAAAACCUACAAAGAACAGCUGUGUUAACAACAACAAAACCCUUACAUCUUGUGAGCUGUAAGAAGAAAAUGGAGACAAACAGUCGGAAGGAGGGAAAAACCAACAUACUUUGAAAGCCUUCAGACAUUACUACUCUGGCGAUAAGCUGUUUCCCUCACGGUUUUCUGCUUUUCUCUGACCUUUACAACGGGAUGGAGGAGAGUCAUAUAGGAGUUCCUGUAUCAGUUAUGCAGAAAAUACUGAAUCCGUCAGGCAAGAUCACCAUGCAUUGAAAUACUUUCAUGUCAAGAGAAAAAUCGCACGUUUUCCACAAUCCAUUGCUAAAAUAAAGAGGAGAAAGGCUUGAGAAUUUUUUUUCAGAGAAUGGUGAUGAGGAAUUUAGCAAGUUAUGCUAUUGUAUUGUAAAUGUUUCUCUCAGGUUUGUCUUCCUAUCAUAUUUGAUAUUCCAUGAAUAAUUGAGUUCAGCCCUAUGUAGGUUAAGAUCAUAAAAUGUGGAACAAAUGGAAUUGUAUGUGCUUUCAAAGGGUGAUAUUUAUAAGAAAGUGUCCUAAAAAUGAUUUGUUCGGAGUGAGGAAUUUUAGAAUGAUAGGAAGUCUCUCGAGUUUAGCCUUCAUGCAAUUUUGUAGAUUCGAACAUAAAAUUUGUCCAGAAUUUAAAGAUUUAGAUGCCUUCCUAAAUUGUUACAAUGCUUUACCAAAUCUGUGACUCCUACAUAACACAAACCAGUGGUCAAAUGUAAAACAGUAUAUUGUAGAUUCACUGUAGGUUUUCAACCUUUUUUAGAUUUAUGCACGUGGACAUUUUUAUAAUGUAAUUACAACCACCACAAAAUUAGCUUUUUAAAUUGCAGACAGUAAUGCAUGUCAAACUAAUAUGUAGUGGCCUUUUCAAGGCCUAGUCCCAGGGAAAACAUUUUGUAGAGUAUAGGGGAGCGGGAGGAAGGGAAGGAAUAAUUUUUUAUUUAAAGUUAAUUUCUGCACUAUCUUUGUUCUCAGUUAUCUGCAUGAAUAAUAAUGAGGAAUAUUUUGUGACUUUAAUUCGUAAAUAUGUUAACAGCACCAAGUACUUAAUCUUUUACAUCAUGUCUUCAGCUAUUUGUAUUUUCACUUGAGUAAGUUCAGUGGUCUGAAACAUGAUUCUGAGCUUCACAUGAAUUACAUCUUAGUGUGGAACUCAAAAGUUCCAUCCCUGAAUUUGGCUGUUAUUACCUAGGCGCCCUGCAGUUAUACAGGUGUUCAGGUACACAUUCCUGACUACAAAGCUGCUUUUGAACCUUGUUAUGUUGAAAUACUAGAAAAGUAACAAUGACGGCAGCAAAUUAAGGUCACAGAAAUCAUUAGAUAAAGGGAAAACAACGAGGGGGUUCCUGCAUAAUUUUCUUUUAAUAAAUAAAGUGAGACUUAGGUGGUGGAAAGAAGGAACUAGAUACUCUACUUACCACCAUGUGUGUGCGUGCGUGCGUGUUUGUGUGGGCACUCACGUGUGUGUAUGUUAUCCACUCCCUUUUCUUUGAAACUUCUAAGAUUACAAUAGGGGAGAAAUCCUGUAUGUUGCAAUGAUAGAAUUUUUUGAAAUUUUAGGAAAUCACAGUUCUCCAGGCUCUCCAUCUUGAUUUAUGCUUGAGUUAUUAUGUGCCAUAUUUGCUUUGAAACCUUUGAUUAUCAGUAGUUUUACUAAAAUUUUGAAGAAAUAAUCCACUUUCGUCUGCUUUCUAGAUUUUCUUAAUCUAAGUUCAUAAGACAGAACUUGUUGAUAGCGUAGUCUUGUAAGUGCUGCAAGUUUGCAGCCAUUACCACUUCAAAGAGGUUUGAAUGAGGGAAUGUUUUUCCCUUGUUAAAAGAGUUCCUGUUUCCGUAGAAACUUCAUUUUUAGAUCUGUGAUGGAUGAGCUAUCAUAAUUCAAGUAUACAGUUCUUUUUUUCUAUCAACUCUUCAUUGUCAUCCAAUAGUGAAGACAUUACAGAUGCAGCGAGCUUAUGAAGUACUACUUUCUAAAAGAAAUAGGAGGCAUUUUCAUCUUUACUAUUGUACUUUUGGUUAUGCAAACACUUUGAUGAUACCAGUGUUUAUGUCCCCCAUAAAUCUGGUCAGAAAUCACUUUUGAUUUUGUUGAUUAAGUUAAACAGUCUAUAGUAGGAUAGAGUACUGGGUACAAGUGGUCCAAAGUAAGAUAAAAGACUACGGUAAAAAUGCUAGAUCUUAAAAAAGAAACUGGUUUAUGCACUAAACGUUUUGUGCCUUGGUCUAAUAUUAACAUGAUGUCUGUGUAAAAUGACAAAAAGAACCAGUGUUGAAUCACGUUUUAUUUCCUGUCGUUCUGCAUUAUCCCAGAUUGCUAAAUGUGUUCUUUCCAAGAAGUUUGAUUGAAUUCCUGUAUACAUUUGCUGUCCUAUGUGACAGUUUUGUCAUUGUUAGAGAUUUCAGUAAUUACAAUGGGAAACAGAAGCUUAGGUUAUUUUCCUUAUCAAAACUAUGUUCCCUGGAGCCACAAUAUUAUGAUGGUUUUCGUGCUCUUGUACAUUGGAUGUCUUAAGCUGAGUGCAGUUUAAGGGAUCCUUUCUAAUUACAGGAAGGUACUUCUUUCCUUCAACACUGUGAUCUGACCUGUGACAAAUCUGUACUAUACACUAUGUAAAUGGCUAACAAGUCAAUUGCAAACCAACUGAAUGUACAAAUCUUAGUGCUGGUGCUGAAAUCUCUUCAGAAUAGUCAUCAUGAUCUCAAAAGUUCGUUUCAAAAUUUGCAAGCAUCAAGUGUCAAUCAAAACUGAAGAUGAAACACUAAUGAAUGUUGAAUUCUCAUGCUUUAGGUGUACUUCCUUAUUAGAGUUUUUGGUUCUCUGCUAUUUUUACCGUACUGUUUCAUUUAACUUUCCUACAUGCUAACUUCGUUUGUGCGAUUGAAAUAAAAUUGCAGUAUAUACGUGUUGCUUGUUUGUGACACUUAGAUAAUCUUCUGCCAUAAUUUGUUGGUUCUAAAAUAAGUUGUAUUGAAUGUAGAAAACACUCUUUAAAGUCCGUGACUUCACUUCUUAAAGUUUACAUACCAACACUACAAAGAUUUCAUAAGUCAUAAAUACUAAGUAAUGUAUACAAAGGGAAUAUGUGGUAAUGUAUCUAUCUACUUUUUGCUUGAAAUAGCUAUUGGGUGUUCCCUGUGUGUUCUUAUUUUCUCUCGGCCCAGCUUGGUACAGUGUCUUACAGUCAAGGGAGUGAUAAAUGUUUAAGUUUACUCCAUUUUGUUUUACAGCGUAGAUACGUUAAACUAAUUUAUGCAGUUAAAAUCUUCCUUUAUAUAGUUUGCAGUGUAAAGGAUAUUGUAAGGGCCUUACCAAGUACUGAGUUUUAAAUAUAGUGAAAUCUGUAUCUAUAGUGUUUGUUUAUACAGUAGUGUUUGUUUAUAUAGUGUUUGUUUAUAUGUAGUUCUUGAAACCCACAUAUAAGCAGCAGUACGUUUUAUCUGACUCUUACAAAGUACUGAUUUUGAGUUCGCUUUAAAAUUCGAAUGUCUUCAUUAGAAGUACAA